AUGACUUACUUCGUGGUGACUCGCAAUUUCACCGGAUCGUUCGUUCGGGGGAAGUUUCAGAUAGGCAAGGGUCGCUACGUCUGUACACUAGACAUUGUCAACCUGCGACGCAACGGUAUCAAAGAGCGGAACGUCGCGACGACGACUUCCACGGCGAAUACCAGGAGAAGCCUGGCAAUGAAGCAGGAACCGGAGGACGAGGAGGAUUGUUAUCUCGACGACUCGAGCGUGCCGGCCUCAUUGACGCCGCCGCCACUGCUGCCGACGGCACUGCCGCCGUCGUCCCCGCCAUCAUCAUCUGGUCGGCAUGGAAGCGUCACGCAUCGCGUGCGCUCCCACGCGCGUAGUUUACGUGCCAUGGCGAAUCCAAGCGCGGUCUGGGCACACUUCGACCUGUGCACUAACGAUCCGCUGCGCGCUCAGUGCCGCAUCUGCGGAUCGGUCGUUGUCAGAGGCGGUGCAAAUCCGCGCCAGUGCGGCACGACGAAUCUGCACCGGCAUCUCAGGGUGCAUCACGGGGGCAGGCUGAUCGGCAGACGUUAUCAUGUUGUACAAUCAACGUCUCAAGGCAGUACAAGUACGAAAGCUAUAAGGAUCGCAACGCAAUCCUUAAUGAGACCUCACAUUCGUAACAUCGCACCAGCGCCACUAUCUCAACAACAGCAAUCGCAACAGCAACAGCAGCAGCAACAGCAACAACCACGGCAACCAAAGACUCUCGUAUUAAAAACUAUUCCGUUGAAAGUGAAACAAGUUGCACCUACAACUAUCAAAAUGCCACCGCGACAAACUAAUCAAGGGUCCCAUAAUGUCGUGCAUCAGCAACCUACAGAAGUUUGCCUAAGGUGGAACAGUUACCAUAGUAAUAUGCAAAGUAGCUUCCCGUCGUUACUGGACACAGAACAAUUUGUCGAUGUGACCCUGGCAUGUGAAGGGCAGUCUCUGAAAUGUCACAAGAUGAUUUUAUCUUCCUGCAGCGACUACCUAGCAGACUUGUUGCGGGAGAAUCCAUGUCAACAUCCUAUUAUUCUAAUGAAGGAUUUGAAAUUUUGGGAGGUGGACGCAUUGGUUAAAUUUAUGUAUCGCGGAGAAGUCAACAUUGCUCACGAUAAAUUGCCGCAACUAUUGAAUGCUGCCGAAGCGUUGCAGGUGAAGGGACUAGCCGGUCCGAGUCCCUCGUCUCAAAACGCAAAAUCACAGUUACUUAUACCUCAAACGAAGCCAUUGUCAUCUCAAUAUGUAGUUCCUAAAGGUACGACAGAAUCCAAAGAGAAUAAAACAUCACCUUCAAGGGUGUCUACGUCUUCUAGUCCUAAGCGUGCGCAAAAGCGACAACUGUCCGAAUCUGUAGAGCCAAGACCUUUUACUAAAAUACGUUUGCAACGACCCACCACGCCAACGUCUCCAUGCGCGACAGUCAAGCUGGAGCCUUUAGAUAUACCUCUUAGCCCGACGGAGAUAUUCUCGGAGAAUAACGAAGUCACAGCUUCCUCAGACUUUGAAAAACUUAUGAGUUUACAUGAGGAAGACGAUCCAGGUGGCGAGGAAAUGAAUGAUAGAGACGAAAGAUUACAUUUUUGCGAACUGCCAGCUCCACCAGAUUUAAACGAUAAUGAAGACCAAAUGGAGUUUGUACCUACAGAUUUCUUAGAGCAACAGCAAGAUAUUGUCGAAGAACCAGAAUUAAGUUGUAAUAAAGAUGAUAAUAAAAAAGACUCUCUUGAUUAUGCUUCCGCUGGCGAGGACAACGGAAUCGAACACAAUAAGAUACAUACAAGUCCCUCGAGAGAAAAAAAAGAGAAUAAAAAGACAUAGUAAAAUAAGAUAUAAAGAUAUCUUAUAAUCUAUGUAAUUGGAUUAUACUACAAAUUUCAAUGAAAACUAGUGUAAGAACACCUGUAAUUUGUUUUCUUGAAACUCUCACAAGCGGAGAAAUGCAUUAUAAUGACAAACUGAAUCAGAGUCAUCAUAUAUGAGAACCAAGAAGUAAAACAAAACAGAUU